CCGGUAAAGACCGCUAUUUGUCAGAAAACUGCAGCUGAAAUCCGUUACACGGUCACCGAUACCCGUCGUAGGUUAAAUAUUUUUUCCUCGGGGUUUGGCUCCACUCCGGACCCACAGACAGGACAUGUCCGGACAGAGGUAACCGUUCCCGCGCUGCUGCUGCCGCUGCUGCCGUCUCCUCCUCCGGCAGAAGGAUGGAGAGGCCGGGCAGGCUGCUACUGCUGUCCGAGCUCCGCGUCAGAAACACGGCGUACGAAGUGAGCCUGAGCCGGUCCCUGCUCACCUGGAAGAGACGGGUCUCCAGCCCGGUCUACCACCCUUUCAGACCAAGUGUGUGUCACAGUGUGUCUGUCACAGAAAUCAUCUGUGUGACUGAAGAAGAGGAGGAGAACAGUAGCAAACAAAGAGACGAUGGCAGCUGGAGGAAGAUUAAAGAGAGAGAAGGAAAGGACUGCAGGCAGGCUUUCACAGUGUUUUACGUGGAGAGAGGUCGAAACCACCGCUGGCGGUGUGUGGAGAUCACUUUCAGGUGUCCAGAUAGAGCCAUGUGUCAACACUGGGUCAGCGGCAUCAGAGACCAGCUCGCUGCCAUCAGCAGUCGGCCUAAACAGCUGCUGGUCUACAUAAACCCCUACGGAGGGAAGCGGCAGGGGAAACGGAUCUAUGAGCAGAAGGUGGCGCCGCUGUUUGCUCAAGCUGGCAUCUCCACACAUGUCAUCGUUACGGAGUAUGCCAAUCAUGCCAGAGAUCACCUGAGGACAGAGGCGGAGCUAAAGAGGUUUGAUGGUGUGGUGUGUGUUGGAGGUGAUGGGAUGUUUAGUGAGAUAAUCCACGGACUGAUCUGGAGGACACAGAUGGAUGGUGGUGUGGAUCCAAACAGUCCAGAAGAAACACUGCUGCCCUGUUCACUUCGCAUUGGAAUCAUUCCUGCAGGUUCAACCGACUGUAUCUGCUUUGCCACUGUGGGCACCAACGACCCUGUGACCUCUGCUCUGCACAUCAUUGUGGGAGACUCUCAGCCAAUGGACGUCUGCUCAGUUCAUCAUAACAAUGCUUUUCUGAGAUACUCCGUCUCGUUGUUGGGAUACGGUUUCUAUGGUGAUGUGCUGACUGACAGUGAGAGAAAGAGGUGGAUGGGACCGGCCAGAUAUGAUUUCUCAGGUCUGAAGAUGUUUCUGACUCACCAUUACUAUGAAGGAACAGUGUCCUACCUGCCAGCCAAAGGCAUCAUGGGAACGCCAAGGGAUGGUGGCAGGUGUCGUUCUGGCUGUGUAGUUUGUCAACACAAUGGGCAGAUACUUACAGAGAAGGCAGAUAGGUACGAGAUGGACAAAGCAUCUGAAAACGAGAGUGAAGACGAGUGGAGGACAAUCCGAGGGAAGUUUCUGGCUAUAAACGCUGCUAGUAUGAGCUGUGCUUGUCCCCGCAGCCCCAAAGGCCUCUCGCCGUCUGCUCACCUGGCUGACGGAACCACUGACCUCAUCCUGGUCCGGAAAUGUUCCCGCUUCAACUUCCUCCGACACCUCAUACGACACACCAGCAAAGACGACCAGUUUGACCUGGGCUUUGUGGAGGUCCACCGGGUGUGCCGUUUCCGCUUCAUGCCACGUCACUGCCAGAGCGACUCGGACCUGGAGCUGGACCUGCAGGAGAACAGUAAACGGCAAAUCUUCAGUCAGAUUUGCCGCGACCACCCGGCCUGCGGCUGCACUCCCAUCUACAGCAGCUGGAACUGCGACGGCGAGAUCUUAAACCACACGGCCAUUGACGUCAGAGUGCACUGCCAGUUGAUCAAACUGUUUGCACGAGGGAUUGAAGAGAUGGCCGUGUUUGAGGAGAUCACCAACCCAUGUGCAAUAUAGACCCCCCACCCCCCCAUACACACUGUUUCCUGUCUCACACUGGAGUCAUCUUUGGGUUUCUGUCAUCACUGCCGCCGCCAUCAUCUGACAAUCGUUCCAUUUUUCACCUAAAGUCAGGUGUUUCUCAGCAGAACACACAAUUACAGAGGGAGGAAACCUUAUUUUCCAGCUUCAAAAUGAUGCACAGUCUCCUCAAGUCAUCCACAACAGCUUUAAUAUUUUUCCUGGAAACUAGUUGCUGCUUUUAGAAAACAAUCAGAGAACCAGACCCAGAAACUAAUGACACUUCCUGAGUCUGGUCGUCGCUGGUGCUUUAGGCUGAAAAGUUUUCAGGUGUCUGGUACCUGAUUUAUGAUUAAAAAUCAGAUCCUUCUCUAGUUCAGCUGCUGCAAGAUCGAAAAGGUCAAUUAUCUGUGUUACUUUUCAUUGUGUUGCAUUUUAGAUGUGUGCAUUAUGGGCGUUUUGACACGUUUGACCAGAAUUUGCUGUACUUUGUCUUAGUUUCAACCACUGCUCACAAUCUGCUAAAAGAAAAUCUGUCCAUGAGACUCAGACUCAGCUUAAGUCCAUCAGUGAUUUUAAACCUAUGGUCAUUUUAGUUUCCCAUACUCUUUGCUAGACCUGACAUACUCAUCUUGACUCUCACAGUUUUUUGUCGUUUUAUCUCAGAUUUUUUUUUUGGAUUUGGUCUGUUUCUAGGUGUGUUUCCAUCCUUUUUGUAUUUUCAGUUUCCAUAUGAAAAAAAAAAAAAAACACAAAAAAAACAUGGGUCUUUGCACUAUUGAGACAUGGAAAUGAAAUGUAUCAGUGAAAGUUAAAUGUAAAUAAAUGUUAUAAAAAGACAUUAAAUAAAAAUAAUUAUAUAUGUUUGCAUAUGUGGAAUGUAACAUUCAAGAAUUAAUAUAAGAAAUAAACAUGAAAGACACAUUGAAUGGAAAACAUUAAGGAAAAUCCUUGAAGUCUUUGAGACAAUUGUUUAGGAUCCAAACUAUUGAUUCAGUUCUAGGACAAAACCUUCAGGUUUUUGUCAAAAUUCCUCUUAUGGCUCUCAGCUCAGGUUGAGAAUAAUUGUAUGAAACAUUUCAUCUGGCAAAGUUUAAACCUUUAUGACGACUGAGAAUUAACUCGCAAAUGCAUGAAAUUGCAUGUUUUUUUUGCUGAUUUUCUGAAAAGUCUGUUAAAAUUCAGAUGGAAACACACCUACCACAGUGUCUUAAUCUAAAUGUUAAAUGUCGCCUAUCGCCUAGAAUCAUUUUAUUUGUUAUAUUACUUUUCCUUAGUGUUGUCAGGACUUAAAUCACUUGGGUUUUGUUUUUAGGUCAGACUUGUCAAACUUGACUUGCAUGGUCUGGACUAAACACCCAGUGUAGAGAAGAAACGAAGGAUAGUUAUUUACUAUACGCGUAAAUUAGAUUUUGUUACAUAAUACUUCAUUUGCACUUUUCAAAUAGUUUUUUUAAUCAUCUAAAUGAUCUGUGUAUUUGGAAAAGUUCUGUUGCGUUAAGAUCCCAAACACCUGCCACCAGUCAUGUGAUCACCCUCAUAAACUGCCACAAAAAAGUAGAAAACAAAACUCCUGCAUGUAUUUUAAGGGAAAACGUUCACAAACAAGAGAUUUGUUUUCUUUUCCUCUGUUACAUGAGACUUUCAUUUGUUCGUCUUCACUCCUCCUCAGGAAAACCUGAGCUCAGCUGUAGCUUUAAAACCGUAUUUUUACAUAAUGCCAGCGCUUUGGGGGGAAAAGUGUCAGUCAAGCUGGUCAUGGCUGAAUGUUUCUUCAAUUUCUGCUCGAUAUGCAAAUGAACUCAAUCACAGCAAAGACAAUAAAAAGGAAGUCAUCUGAAGAAGUGUGGCUUUUACAACAACAGACUGCAGGCUCUGGAUAUAAUAAGUCAAAGUGUAGCUGCCUGCGACUGUAAUUUAUCUUCCGUGUUGUGAACUUGUCUGUCGGGUUAAUUUUGUUUCAUAAAACCUCAAAUAAAUCAUGUGAACCUUCCAUUAAUUAAAGAAAGCCUUGUAAGCUCUGCAUUCUGAAGUGAGCCUGCAGCUGAUGUUUGUGAAGCAGACAAUCCUUGGUGUUCUGGUUCUUCCCAAAGCUGCUGAUGCCACGUUGACAUUUAAUAUUGUGAUUGGUCUGACAGAUUGUAGACUAAACUGUUAUUCCAAAGCAUAAUCGGAAUGACUAAACUUUAAUAACUUGUAGUUGUAGAAUAUGAAUGAAGCUUUUAGCUACAUAUAUGCUUGUCCAGAGAACUAUGUAUCUUGAAUUUAAAUAACCUUUUCCAUGAUCUGUCUGCAUCAUUAGUGUGAAUCUGUAAAACUAAACCUAUAUCCAUCCACUUCAUACUAUCCACGGAAGGUUUAUUUUAUUAUAUUGAGGUUUUCUGAAGUGUGUUGGAGGAAGCUGCUUUGUAAAGUCCAAUGCUGAUGUUCAGCCGUUACUGUUUUUACUUCCGUUUCUUUGAGCUGUGCCUGAAUCUGAAGCCCACCCAUGAAUUAUAGUGUAGUUUGAUUUUAUACAGUAAAGUAAAUAUUCAGCGUGUAAUAUUUAGCAACUUUUAGCAGUGCAAUACCCUUCUUUCUUUUCAAAAUUAGAGGCACUGUUUGUUUUGUUCGUUUAUGAAGGGGAUGUUAAGUCUGGUCUGGCAUAAAACACCCUAAUGCUGGAUGAUACUCACCUUUAACUGU